CCUUUCCUUUUGUGCCCUCUCCAUCUCUUCUUCGGUGCCAGGAAGGUAGAUAGGGUGGCCGGCCCUCCGCCGGCAAAUAUGGACAGCUUGACGAAAUGACAUUGUGCGGCCAUAUAUAAACCGAACUUUGUGCCUGCAAACGUUGUGCCUAGACGAACAUCGACCCGUCGACCCUCUCCCAACCCCCACCGCCAGCGCUCACGACUUCCUGCAUCGCGGAAAGGGCCAGCAUGUCUCUGGAGGAGAAGAAAGAUGUCGAGGUCGAGCAGUUAUCCAAUCGUCGCGCGUCGACUGAAAGCCUCCCUGACGGCGAGCUGCUGGCUGCCGAUGUCAGGCCGGCUGCGGAACGACGCCUGGUGCGCGCACUUGAUAUGCGCCUGCUUCCCACAAUCAUCCUCGUCUUCAUCAUGAAUUACAUUGAUCGUGUCGCGGUGACCGCUGCCAGGUUGAAAGGGCUGGAGCAGGAUCUCGGACUGAAUGAUAUCCAAUAUGCUACAGUACUCGCAGUACUCUAUGCGUCAUACGUCCCCGCUCAGAUUCCGUCGAAUAUGAUCCUCAACCGAAUCUCACGCCCGUCGUGGUACAUCCCUACCUGUGUUGUGCUAUGGGGAAUGACAAGCGCACUAACCGGGGUUGCUAAGAACUAUGCGGGAAUCUUAGCAGCUCGCAUAUUUGUCGGUGUGCCAGAGGCGGCAUUCUACCCAGGAGCAAUAUAUCUCCUAUCUCGGUGGUACACCCGCAGAGAACUCGCAUUCCGCUCCGCGCUGCUAUAUGGAGGCCUGCUAAUCUCGAACGCGUUCGGGAGCCUCAUGGCCGCAGGCAUCCUCUCAGGCAUGGAAGGGAAGCUUGGGAUUCGGGCCUGGCGUUGGCUGUUCUAUAUUGAGGGAGCUAUCACAAUCUUCAUCGGGUUCUGUGCAGUCUUUACUCUACCUGACUACCCCCACAAUACCCGAUGGUUGAACCCCGCACAGCGUCGUCUUGCACAAGUGCGGCUUGCCGAAGAUGCAGGGGAAGCCGAUGAAGACGGCUCGACAGAGUCCGCCUUCGCUGGGCUGAUUUUGGCUCUCAAGGAUCCCAAGGUACCGAUAUUCGCUGUCAUGACCUGCGCACAACUCCUGGGACUCGGAUUCGUGAACUUCUUCCCGACAAUUGCCGGAACGCUUGGCUUCAACACGACCGUGACACUGGUGCUCGCAGCACCACCGUGGAUUCUUGCGACCAUCGUCUGCUGCUUGACCGCUUGGAAUGCUGAUCGUACCGGGGAGCGUUUCUUCCACAUCUGCGUGCCCUGGUGGGGUGUAAUCGUAGGCUACAUCAUCGGAGUCAGCACGUUUUCCAUCGGAGGUCGCUACGUCGCCAUGUUCCUCAUGGCCUGCGGGUAUGCAGGGUUCGCGCUUACCCUCGUAUGGGUGUCGAACGCAAUUCCCCGCCCACCUGCCAAGCGGUCUGCCGCUAUCGGCAUCGUCAAUGGAUUUGGCAACUUGGGAAACCUAAUCAGCUCGUACGUGUGGAAGCCGUCCUGGGGCCCGGACUAUCAUCCGCCUAUGAUCAUUGGUAUCGCUGCGCUUGCUUUGGCGACUGCUCUAGCUAUCGUCAUCCGGCAGAUCCUCGUCUCACAAAACAAGCGCCUCGAUUGCGAGGAAUUGGACAUGCAGAAGGGCGCGCGGCGCGAACGUAUUGAAGAGGCAGCCCGUCUGGAGGGCAUUACAUACGAGGAAGCGUUGCAGCGCAAAAAAACCUUUCGAUACUUACUCUAGGCUCAUUCUCGUUGCCCUCAGCUCGUCCUUUGCGGAUGCUCAGAUGAAAGGCGAUGGGAGGAUGGUGUUCAACUCCGGUUCGACACAUAUUCUGCAUCUCUGCUCUCGUCGCUCUUGACUAC